AUGAAUGAGUUAUGAUGCUCCUAAAAUCAUUCCUCAUGAAUCUGCAGAUUUUUUUUUACUAAAGUCUUCGCAGGAUAACAAAAAAUAUGUGCGCAGAUUCUGUCCUACACACAGUAUAUGUGAUGUCUGUUCAUAUUUAAUGAAGUGUAUCUGUUUAUUAAGUGUAUGUGUUGUCCUGGAAGUCCUUGUUGGUUGAGCCCAUCUCUUUAUUUAUGAUAUAACUCAUGAUAUAUUUUUAUAAAAUAAACCCUGUUAGAUUGAUACAAAACCACCUUUUAUUAAUAUAAUGAUCAUGUGAUUACACAUCGUCCCUUAUUUUUUCCAAACUGAUAAAACAUAAGAUUUCUUUUUCAAUGCUGCCUAUAUUAACGUUCCAGUGCCUUUCAACAAUACUCCGAAUUCAUUCUGCCUGCCAUCAAGGGCAAUUUUGCAUAUCAGGUACUAUGUAAAAUAGCCUCUGCAAGACCACAUGCAGAGAUCUCUCUCCUUUUCCUCUCCUUCCUCCUCCCGCUCCUCUGGUCUAUUCUCUUUCGUUCUUUCUUGCCUUCUCUCAGUCUCUUUUUCUCUUCAAUGGGAAAUGUCUUGAGUUGAGCAAAGAGCAGUUGCAUGCAGGAAGAGCGAUAGUGGAGGAGGGAGGGGGAAGGAGGAGGGUGUUUGCGCAAGCUUGUAGGCAGAUAACAGACCCAACCACAGAUGGUGGAGCGAGAAAGAGAGAGAGAGCGAGAGAGCGUGCGCGGUGGUGUGAGAGAAGGAGGAAGGGAGGGAGGUGCAGUACGUCAGUUCUCUGCUCACUCAGUCACUGUGAAGCAGGUUGAUUUUCUGCUGUCUUUCGUCGCAGCUUUACCGGAGACUCCUGCAUCCAUCUGAGCCUGUUCAAGGAAGAUGCAACACAAUGUUCGUGCAACAUUCUCACACCUUUAGCCCUGUUGAUGGCAAGACUGUGUGACUGCAUGCGAGUUGGUGGAUGACAAGACCAGCAAUUUAUGUGCACUGACAUGCUUUCCUGCACCUUGGGCUGUUUUUCUCAUCUCCAGCAGUUGUCGUGGGUUUAGAUCAGCAGGCUAUUGGCUGACAGGAGCGAGAGAAGGUACUUCUGCCUGUUUGUGACCUGUGGAAACAGGAACUGAGCAUCAGAUACCUCUGAGAGAAGUUUCAGGGCUUGUUUCCGGGAGCACGUGGAGCUCUGGCCCUUCACCUGAAGCUGUGGUCCCCCGCUCCCAACCCAUCCUCCCCUUCCCAUCCCUGGAACCUGGAAUGGUGCAUUUGGUCCCACGAAGACCCGUGUAGGGAGUCCCCCAAACUGGAUCCGACCCCGCAAAUGACCGGCAGCAAUAGCAUGAGCAGUGGAUACUGCAGCCUGGAUGAGGAGAGCGACGAUUUCUCCUUCUUCACCGCCAAAACCUCAUUCUUCCGGCGUCCACAGGCAAAACAAGUAGAAAAGAAUGUCACAAAAGAGGAAGAGGAAGACAAGCCUAUAUCUCUCACAGAAGAAGAGAUUAAAGCAAAAAUAGACGACUACAACUCCAAAGUGACGGAGAAUGGGAUGAAAUUAAACCCAGACGGCACAUACACUGGUUUCAUCAAGGUUCAUUUGAGGUUGCGCAGGCCUGUGACUGUACUUUUUGUGGAUGGGAAGUUACCAGGUCCGUGUUCCUCAUCUGAUGAUUCGGAUAACCGCACGUCCUUCUACCUGCCCGCCGAUGCCGUCAAACAGCUCCACAUCAGCAGCACCACCACGGUCAGAGAGGUCAUUCAGGGCCUGCUGAAGAAGUUCAUGGUACAGGACAAUCCACGCAAGUUUGCCCUCUGCCGCCUGACCCGCCGGGACAGUCAGGAUCUUUUCCAGAAGUUGCCCUUAUCAGACUGCCCGCUCUACUUGAGACUGUUAGCCGGUCCAGAUCUAGACAAUCUGAGUUUUGUACUCAAGGAAAAUGAGACUGGAGAGGUGGAGUGGCAUGCGUUCUCAGUACCGGAGCUGCAGAACUUCCUGAUCAUCCUGGAGAAGGAGGAGAAGGAACGCAUGCGGCAGGUGGAGCAGCGCUACUCCACUUACAGAGAGAAACUCCUACAGGCUCUGGGUGAGGUGGAGAGCAAACCAGGCUAAUGGAGGACAACCAAACUGAGCCAACAGACGCCCAGCAGACCAACUCACAACACCUCCACUCAGGACUUAUUCCAGCACGACUCAGUGACCUUUAACCCUCAAAGACGGGGGAAGCGAUGGAGACGUGAACAAGACUAAGAAGAGGAGGUUGGAGCUAAAGAAGAAUUCCUUCUCUCCUGGAAAACAUGGCACACUGUUGAAAGCCCAGACGUUUGUUUCUGGUAGUCAAGCUUUUUGAUAUUCCAUUGGGUUUCAUUAGUUGUUUUUACAUUCAAUUCCGUCCAUUUGUGUUUUCUUUUUAUUAUAUGCUGCUGCUGUUGCUGCUACUGCAAGUGUUACUUAAAGCAUGACUUUCCCUAGGGUCUCUCAGCUUGUGUCUAUACUGCAUGUACUCUAUCAGGGAAUAUCUGAAUGAAAGAGCGCUGGGAAAAUAAAAAACAGCACUUCCGAUCCAGAAAGGAAGUGGACAGACUUACUGUAUAGAAAAUAUGAUGCCUGUGAGAUAUCGGAGGACAAAUAACCUUAUCCAAAUAUCAAAUUACAAACUUUAUAACUGAUUAUUAUAACAUGCUACUCUACAAACAAAAAGGAUUAUUCUAUUUGUACUGGAGGUUGUCUUAAUAUAGCUAUAAAUGUACUCUAUUGCUGAUAAUGUUUCACCAGACUGUUCAAUAUUUCACCCCACAAUCUCCAUUCAAAGGAUCAAAACAGUUUCUAUCAUUCUAUUCUGGCCUUUAUUUGGCCAGAUUUUACACAUAAACGUAGAAAUGUACGAUAUAACUCGCAGCCUUUCUGAUAUAAUCCUUUUUUUUUAUAAGAUAUCAUUUUCUCCACCUUUUUCCAUCAGAAUUAUGAAUGAAUUCAUGAAGAUUCUAAUUUAAUUUCUUAUCAUUUUGAGUUUAUAUAUUGACAAUUCUACUUUUAUUGUCACAAUUGAAAGUUUAUAGGCUUUAUAUCUCUAGUUUAACUCAAAAUUGUGAGAUAUGAGCUCAAAAUGAUCUGAGAUUUACUUAGAAUUACUUGAUGUUAACAUAAAAUUGUGAAAAACAACCCAGAAUUUUAAAAAAGAAGGCCCAACAUCCGUUUACCAUAUCUACACAGCAAACAAUUCUGUGUCUAAUAGACAUCUAAAUGUAGACAGCUUUGCUACAACAAGGAUAAACUUGGGCUGUCAGUAAAAAUCGAUAUAGAUAUUAUAGACAUAUAGAUAAAAGACAUCUAAGAAUAACCCAAAACUAGACUAGUUGUCAAAUAAACUGACUUUAUAAGUGUAUUGAUUCAUUUAUGUCUAUUUGAUGACUUGUCUAGUUUUGGCCUAUUCUUAGACGUCUUAUAUAUAUUAACAGACAGCCCAAACUUAGCCUUGUUUUAGCUAAGAUGACUAUGUUUAGACAUCUAUUAGACAUCUUUUAAAAUGAAAAAGUGCUUGCUGGAUAUAAAGAGCUAUUUUAAAAUGCCUAAAGCCUUCAUGGACACAGCUACUCUUUAAAAAAAAAAAGCCCCAUCUCACAUUUAGGUGUCCCAUGAAAACUUGUGUAAACCCUCGGCAUUGAGCGAUCAGCUCAGUCUCUCAGGCGGAUCUCUGCUUUUUGAGGAUUGUGGUUGUGUUUAUCCGGUGAGCUUUUCUCAGUCGCUUCAGCUUUUAUCAUGUAAUACACAAGGUCAUGUCUGAUUAGGAUGAGCUCAGCUGAAACAAACCUUGAGGAUUUCAGUCUGUGUUACACCAAAGGAAAACAGAAAGUUCUCUAUAUUGUGACUAUGACUUAAAGCUUUUACAAGGCAGUGCAGACAUUAUCAUACAGAAGCUUGUUUUUUUACAAAGUAAAAAACAAAAAAUUGUGAAUUUGUAAAUUGUUAACUUCUCAGAAUUGCAGAAUUGACCCGUAUCCAUCGAAGCGUUAUUGUGCAGCUGAAAAUGCUAGAGCUCUUCUAACAACGCUUUAUUUAUUUUGGAGGGUUGUUUUCUGACACAAAGUAAAAAGUAAAAAAAAAAAAAAAAGGUGAAUCUGUAAAUAGUUUCUAUCUGAACUUCUCAGAUGGUGAACUUCAUUCUGCUGUGGCGACCUCUGAUUAAUAAAGGGACUAAGCCGAAAAGAAAAUAAAUGAAUAAAUGAACUUCUCAGAAUUGCAGAUUUUUAUGAGCUACAAUGACACGUAUCCCUUAAAGAGUUAUUGUGCAGCUGAAAAUGCCAGAGCUCUUCCAAAAACGCUCAGCUGUAAGAGCUUUUUCAACUCUGAGCAUUUCACAAAUGCGGCUUUUCCAUUGACAACAACUGAAAAGUUACGCUCAACUUGGAAAAAACAGCUUUGGUGGACUGAGCGCCCCACUGAAAAAAAUUCUGCAAAUUGUUGUAAACAGUUUUUAUGUGUUCAAAUUAAACAAAAAAUUAAAUUUAGUAAUGUUCUACUUAAUUUAUUUGUUUCAAUCCAGCUCAAAUAAAUAGUUUACAGUUUUCUUUUCUUUUUUUUCAGUGUAACUGCUUGUUUCCGCUUUGGGGGAAUCAAAAGUAAAAUUGUAAUUGCAACUUUUUAAUCACACUAUUGUCUGAAUUUCUAGCACUUUCUUGCAAUUGUAAACUGCAGAAUGCAAAUUUGCAUCUUACAGUACAAGAUUUCAGGACAACUUGUGAUUCAAACUCAAUUUCCUCACAAUUGUGAGAUAUAAACUCAAAACUUCAGGGUAUAAACUCAGUGAGAUAUAAACUCAGAACUGCAAAAUCUAAACUCAAAAUUGCAAAUAAAAAACUCAGACUUGUGAAAUGUGCCUAGAAUUCUGACAUUUUGGAAUUGUGAGGGAAAAGUUGCAAUUACCUUUAUUUAUAUAAACAUAUAACUUGUGGUGGAAAUGGGCUUUCAUAUCUCCAUGCCAAUAUAGACUGGGGAUUUGCACACCAACACAGGCCACUGAGUGGUCCAUUUUUUUUCAUAUCCAUAAUAUGCAUUCAAAGGGAUUUUUGUAUGUGCAUUCUUCUGUUUAGCUCUGAGGUGCAUGUGAACUGAAUGUGUCUGUGACACAGGGAAUUCAAUUACAUACGAAGAUCAUUAAUAAGCACUGAAGUGUUGUUCCACAGUAAUCUGGAAUAACUGAAAACUCAGCUUGAUGUUUUAGGCACUGAUGAAUCAUUUCUCAUCUCUCUUUCAAACACAUUUAAGGCAAGACACUACAGGUGAACCCUGUUAUUGUUGUUGAUGAUGUUUUUUAGGUUAUUUGGCCUUUCAUAGAGUAUUUUAUUAUGAGUAAUGUACAGAAAACACACAAAAUACACCUUUGUGUUUUUUUUCUCGCACUUUAUCAAUUGUGUUUGUAGAUUUAAAUGAUAUAUAUAUUGCAGCUAAAGGUUUCUCCAAAUUAGUCUUUUAUGAAUCUCCAUUUCAGAAGCACUUACACCAAAAUUCAGAAAUUCAAACAGUUUUAUUGAUAUUUUUGAGGGUUUUUACAGAGGGAUUUGUUCAUGCUAAUUGUGUCUGUUCAAAUAAAAACUGUUAUUCUUCAAAUAAAGAUUUCUUUUGUCUCUUCACAGUAUUUUAUGAAUUACAGAGUGAUAAAAGGUGAUGAUAUAUAUAUAUAUAUAAUAAUUUAAUGAAAUAAUGUCUCGUUUGUAUAUUUAAACAUAAAUCAUCUUGUUCAAAAUUAUGUAAUACAAAAAAAGUAGACUAUUCUUAAAGUAAUCAAUCCGUUACCUUUUUUGUUUGUCUAUUGUCCUGCAGUGUCUUGCCUUAAGUCCCGAUCCAUAAAACAAUUUCACAGAAUUUCAAUAAAAAAGCAAGCAGUUUCUGGAACAUGUAUGUUUGUAGAUAUGGCACUUUAGAGUCCUGAAUCUCCAUAUGGAUCAGUCUGCCUGUUUAGCUCUCAAACGGGCAGACAUUCACUCUUCAGCGAGCGGCAGGGGCCUCGUAUGUUCUAUUCCUGCUGCCAGUGCCUUUAGUCUCCGUGUAGCUUCUUUUGACUGUGUACUGUACAUAUAUAUGCUCUAUAUGUCUGGCCCUAUAAACACACACGUUCAGUGGCAGUAGCCUGGUGCUUUCAAUGUCAGAGCCAUUGAGUCUGUGUGGGACUUUUUUGGGACUAGUGUUUAAAAUAAUGAAGUGUGUGUGUGUGUGUGCGCGCGUUUGUUUAAUUUAUUUUUUUUGGUUCAAUUUAAAGUGUGAAAACUUGAAUAUGUGGACAAAUCAGUACUAUCAGGCAAUCUUUUUUUUCAGAGUAUCAAAUGUUUAAAAUGUCUAUAAAGCUGUAAAUAUGAAGAAUGAAAUAAAGGGUUAUCCUUUCGUGAUGAUGA